CAUUGAUAGACCGAAACGAGAUGCAGAGUUAAUCACGUCUUAUCAGUCUUGCUGCUUGACUCAUCGCCAUGGGACGCAAAUCGGUUGUGCUCGGUGUAAUAUUUCUCUCAGCUGUCAGUGUCAUUGCGGUCGAUCGAACACCCUUAAGGUACGUUCCCUUCCGGUGUCGAGGUGGCAUUUCCGUGUCGAUAACGUUCCGUUGCGAUGGGUUCGCUCACUGCCCGGAUGGUUCAGAUGAGGAAGGUUGUCGGAGCGUAUCGCUCGUUGAAGGACCGCCUGAAAGCGUCACCGUGCAAGAGGGCGAGUGGAUGAAUCUAACGUGUCGGGGAACUGGCGUACCGUCCCCAAGUGUACGAUGGAAAAUGAAUGGAAAAGAGCUACUGGAUCCGGUUUGUGAUUGGGUCUCGGAGGAUGGCGUUGGACAUCUUGCUUGUAAGAUGCGUCUGAUAGAUUCUGGGAAUUAUUCCUGUCAUUUGGUAAAUCCGCUCGGCACAAUCGAUGUACAACCGGUGACGAUGGCCACGGUGCAAGGGAAUCCAUGUCCGAAAGGAGAGUUCUUAGCCGGAGAAGGAAGUGCCAAGUCUUGUAUGAAGUGUUUCUGUUCUGGCGUCAGUGAUCUGUGCCACAAAGCAGAUAUGUACCGGUGGAAUAACACACUGGCGUUGAACGACUGGAAAAUGAGAUACGCAACGUGGGAUGGCAAAGGUACUGUGAAGAUAGAGCAAAACAUCCAGAAUUUCUCUUCAAACCGGACGCUGUACUACAGCCUACCAUAUCGAUUCAUUGAGCAUCAGACCAAAUCAUACAGCGGAUAUCUUCAGAUCCCUCUCGACACGGGAGAAGAAAUACCAAGAAUCAUUGUGAUGGUAUAACAUUGAAGACAAAUCACUCAAAUAUCCCAACAUCCAACAUUUUGUUUUCUACGUUGUAGGGUUAUAACAGAACGCUCAUCUACAGGAACAACCACAAAGACGAGAUCCUCAACGGGAUGGCUAGAAUCAAGCUACAUGAAACCAACUUCUUUCACCCAAACGGAACGGCAAUCGAUCGGAUUGAGCUACUAAUAGUGCUUUCGUACAUUGAUCACUUCUUGAUUGAAAUGCGCCCAAAAAAUGGACGAUAUAUACCAAGCGAACAGUCGAUCGUAAUGGACUCUGCAAGCAGUUAUCAGAGAGGAAUAGGCAAGGCAGCGUUCGUGGAAGAGUGUCGAUGUCCGGUUGGAUUUCGUGACAGUUCCUGCGAACGGUGCGACUUUGGUUACAAUCGGGCAUUCGUUGGACCACCGAUGGGCCUGUGCAUGCCCUGGGAAUGGCAUCGGGAGCGCUACGUCCCUCCGAGCACCACAACAAGAGCAUACCAUUACGUUUGACCUGCGAGAUUAGAUAUAUUGGAUUCUAGUAUACCGAAUUAUUUCACUGUUAUAUCAAGCAGGAAAUCACGAAACGUCAAAUCAAACUCUUUUCGUUUAUCAA